AUGUCCGAUUUGGGAAGCCACAACAAGAGUUUUCCCAACACCUGGAACGUGAGCGGCAGCGGCCCCUGGUUGCUGGCCUUCCUGCUGACCGUGGUCGUCCUCAUCACCGUGUGCGGCAACGUGCUGCUCAUCGCCCUAGUCUUUGCCCAGCGCUCCCUACGCUGCACCUCCAACUGCUUCCUGGUGUCCCUGUUUCUGUCCGACCUCAUGGUGGCGCUGGUGGUCAUGCCUCCGGCCGUGCUCAACGUGCUGUGCGGGGCCUGGGUGCUCUGGCCUGCCUUCUGCCCCGUGUGGCUCUGCUUCGACGUCAUGUGCUGCAGCGCCUCCAUCCUCAACCUGUGCGUCAUCAGCCUGGAUCGCUACGUCUUUAUCAUCUCGCCGCUGCGCUACAAGCAGAGGAUGACGCUCCCUCGGGCGCUGCUCCUUGUGGGCGCCGCCUGGGGGUUAGCCGCGCUGGCGUCCUUCCUGCCCAUCGAGAUGAAGUGGCACAGCUUGGGCUACCUAAGCGGCCGGCCGCCGACUCUGGGAGGCGGAAACGACAGCUCGGACUCGAUGUACCCGGCGUCCUACUUCCAGGUCUCGCCGCCCGGAGGUCUUUACUUUCAGUGCCGCCUGCAGGUCACCUUGCCCUUCGCACUGGUGGCGUCCGUGCUCACCUUCUUCUUGCCCUCAAGCGCCAUCUGCUUCACUUACUGUCGGAUUCUUCUGGCAGCUCGGAGACAAGCUAAGAGGGUGGCGGCCUUGAGCCACCCGCCACACCCUCACCCCUCUCUUGGGGAACCAUCCAGGCCUCCUUCACUUGGGGGUGCAGCUCAGCAAGAUGGAGAUGACUGCAGCAACCAGGAGCGCCCGGUGCCGCAGAAUCUACUGCCGUCAGCGAGCAGCGAGCGUGGCCUGACGCACAGACAAGGUCGCAGGGCGCUGAAGGCCAGCCUGACGCUGGGAGUCCUGCUGGGACUCUUCUUCUGCGCUUGGUUGCCAUUUUUCAUCGCCAACAUGGCUCAGGCAGUGUGCGAGUGCGUGCCCCUGGCCCUGUUUGAUGCCAUCACGUGGCUGGGCUACUGCAACAGCACCAUCAACCCCAUCAUCUACCCGCUCUUCAUGAGGGACUUCAAGCGAGCGCUCGGGAAGCUGCUGCCCUGCUCCUCGUCCUCGUCCUGGCGCUCGCCCAGGCAGCUCUCGCCAGCGCUCUCCCUGUCUCUGCGCAACUCAGGCACCCAGCCACCGUCCCCUGACACCACCACGCCCCCGCCGCCCGCCACCGCCACCGACGCCGUCAACCUGCUGGACGCCGAACUGCCGCAUCUCCUGCCCAAUCAGGUGGUCACGCCGGACUGAGCGGAUUCAGUCUAAGACGGGGAGUGCGGUCAAAAUGGUGUACUACAGAUGAAAACUGUUCAUGUGAUGAUGUUGACGACUGUGAGUGACGCUAAGAAAAGCUCCGCCUCACUUUGGCUUUCAUCUAAUCAUGGCUACACUCCCGCAUAAACAACAACCUGUCUUUUUAUAAACUUUUUUUCUAUGCAGUCUUAUAUUUGGCCCAACAUGCCAAAUACAGUCUACAUUUAAAACUAAUUUGCCCCAAAUAUAAGACGUCCAGUCUAUUUUCCCCAACGGGCAGAGGUGCGUAGUAACGCGCUACAUUUACUCCGUUACAUCUACUUGAGUAACUUUUGCGAUAAAUUGUACUUCUAAGAGUAGUUUUAAUGCAACAUACUUUUACUUUUACUUAAGUAUAUUUAUAGAGAAGGAACGCUACUUUUACUCCGCUACUUUUAUCUACAUUCAGCUCGCUACUCGCUACUAAUUUUUAUCGAUCUGUUAAUGCACGCUUUGUUUGUUUUGGUCUGUCAGACAGACCUUCAAAGUGCCUGCCUUACUGGUGACGUUUCACUUCGUUCCACCAAUCAGAUGCAGUCACUGGUGACGUUGGACCAAUCAAACAGAGCCAGGUGGUCACAUGACCUGACUUAAACAAGUUGAAAAACUUAUUGGGGUGUUACCAUUUAGUGGUCAAUUGUACGGAAUAUAUACUGUACUGUGCAAUCUAAUAAUAAAAGUUCCAA